CUACCAUCAACUGUAAAAUAAAAAUCUGUAAACCAUUAAAAAUUUCCUUCAUUUUUCAUGUUCCCUGCUUUUAUAAAAUCUUUAUUCUUCACACUUUUAGCGUAACACCACUACCCUAUCUCUGCAAAUUUCUCUCUUUGUACCAACUAGAAAACCAGAAUUUUGUCGCGCAGACACGGAGAGGGACACGGUUCUGCGUCCUCUUUAGGCUAUUCGAGCGGGCUUUUCGGAAUCCGGAUCCGAUCUGUUUCGUCGCAUCUCCAGAUCUAUUUGAGGUUAACUUAGAUCCAGCAUUGAUUCAAAGAUCUGCUUAAUUUAGUAGCUUUCUCAUUGAUGUCGAAAAUGAGGAUGCCCAUGGUGUACCGGGCUUCUGUUUUGAUGGUUCUUUUUUUGCACACUUGCAAUGCAUUUUAUUUGCCUGGUAGCUAUAUGCACACAUAUUCCACUGGUGAAAAGAUACUUGCCAAAGUUAACUCUUUAACUUCUAUUGAGACGGAGCUUCCCUUUAGCUACUAUAGUCUCCCUUAUUGCAAGCCACCUGGUGGAAUAAAAAAAAGUGCUGAGAAUCUUGGGGAGCUCCUUAUGGGAGAUCAGAUUGAUAACUCUCCUUACCGGUUUAGAAUGAAUAUCAAUGAGUCUGUUUUCCUUUGUACUACACCCCCAUUGAGUGAACACGAGGUAAAGCUUUUGAAACAGAGAACACGUGAUUUGUAUCAAGUGAAUAUGAUUUUGGAUAAUUUGCCUGCUAUGAGGUAUGCAAAACAAAAUGGAGUAAAUAUUCAGUGGACUGGGUUCCCUGUUGGCUAUACGCCACAGAAUAGCAAUGAUGAUUACAUCAUCAAUCAUCUUAAGUUCACUGUCUUGGUUCAUGAGUAUGAAGGGAGUGGGGUGGAGAUCAUUGGUACUGGGGAAGAAGGCAUGGGUGUGAUUUCUGAAGCAGACAAAAAGAAGGCAUCUGGUUUUGAGAUAGUUGGUUUUGAGGUUGUACCAUGCAGUGUUAAGUAUGAUCCUGAAGUGAUGUCAAAGCUUCAUAUGUAUGACAAUAUCUCAUCUGUCAAUUGCCCCUUGGACCUUGACAAGUCUCAGAUCAUAAGGGAGCAAGAGAGAGUUUCAUUCACUUAUGAGGUUGAGUUUGUUAAAAGUGAUAUUAGAUGGCCAUCUCGUUGGGAUGCUUAUUUGAAGAUGGAAGGUGCUCGUGUCCACUGGUUCUCAAUCCUAAAUUCUCUUAUGGUGAUCUUUUUCCUAGCUGGCAUCGUUUUUGUCAUAUUCUUAAGGACCGUAAGAAGGGAUUUGACUAGGUAUGAGGAAUUGGACAAAGAAGCUCAAGCACAGAUGAAUGAAGAGCUUUCAGGCUGGAAGCUUGUUGUGGGUGAUGUCUUCAGAGAGCCAGAGUGCUCAAAGCUUCUCUGUGUCAUGGUUGGGGAUGGAGUUCAGAUUACUGGAAUGGGAGUUGUCACUAUUGUUUUUGCAGCUCUUGGUUUUAUGUCACCAGCAUCAAGAGGAAUGCUACUGACAGGAAUGAUAAUUCUUUAUCUUUUCUUGGGUAUUGCUGCUGGCUAUGUUUCUGUACGUUUGUGGAGAACUAUGAAGGGAACUGCAGAAGGGUGGAGAUCAGUGUCUUGGUCGGCUGCAUGCUUCUUCCCUGGUGUUGCCUUUGUUAUCCUCACAGUGCUGAAUUUCAUUCUGUGGGGAAGCAAGAGCACUGGUGCUAUUCCCAUUUCCUUAUAUUUUAUACUUCUGGCCCUCUGGUUUUGCAUUUCAGUGCCACUAACAUUGUUAGGAGGAUUCUUUGGAACCCGAGCGGAGGCAAUUCAGUAUCCAGUUAGAACCAACCAGAUCCCAAGGGAAAUUCCUGCACGCAAAUAUCCAUCAUGGCUUCUUGUUCUUGGUGCUGGAACUCUUCCAUUUGGAACCCUUUUCAUUGAGUUGUUCUUCAUCCUCUCCAGCAUCUGGCUCGGACGGUUCUAUUAUGUCUUCGGUUUCUUGCUCAUAGUGCUUUUGCUGUUGGUGGUUGUUUGUGCUGAAGUGUCGGUGGUUCUAACCUACAUGCAUCUCUGCGUGGAGGACUGGCGAUGGUGGUGGAAGGCUUUCUUUGCUUCUGGUUCAGUUGCUCUCUACGUCUUCUUAUAUUCCAUCAAUUAUUUGGUUUUCGACCUCCAGAGUUUGAGUGGACCUGUAUCAGCUGUACUCUAUCUCGGCUACUCGCUGCUCAUGGCAAUUGCAAUCAUGUUGUCUACAGGCACCAUAGGCUUCCUUAUGUCCUUCUACUUUGUGCAUUACCUUUUCUCAUCCGUAAAGAUUGACUAGAAGCAUUUUGUCUUUUAACAAUCAGUUGAGAAGACUCUGCUUGUACGAAGAGAAAGCCAUCUUGCUUCACAACUCCACAAAUUUUUUUUUUUUUUCUGAUAUUUCAUUUGCUAAAAUUCGUUAUGAUAGCUGAUCUUGUUGUGAUGUAUUAAAGACUAUCAGAUUACAUGCUAAAAAUU